AUGGCUAAAGUAUGGCUAGGAAUGCCAGGACCAUGGGCCAACGAUUAUCGCGAACCAUCUGAUCCUUUUACAACCAAAAUCGGAGGCCUCCCGGAUUGGCCAAUUCCAAUUGACGCCAUCAAUUCCGAUUUGCUUCAAUGUUCUACAUGUGCCAAUAAUCUCUCCCUUGUUGCACAACUUUUUGCUCCUCUAUCUCAUCAUCAGCAUCGCGUUCUUUUCAUCUUCGGUUGCGUUUCGCCCAAAUGCGCAGCAACCUCAUGGCGUGUUCUUAGACUUCAGAAAAUUGAAACUCCUGACAUUGAUACAUCUCAACAUAAACAACCAACCGAAGUUCAAAUUCUCAAUUUGGAGGAUGAAGACGAAAGUGAAGAUGAGAUGAGUUUUGAAGAUCUGGCCAAUGCACUCAUUCAAGCUGGAGCUUUGGCUUCUUCUAAUUCUAAAUCUAAGAGCAAGAAUCAAUGGAAAAAGCGCCAACAGCACAAUUUCUCUACAACAGCUUCACUUAAUCAUAAUCACAAUCACAAUCACAAUCAUAAUCAUAUUCCAGUGGUGCCUUGCUUUUAUAUAUACACACAGGAAGAGCCAUCAUCUACAUGGGAUCUUAGUUCUGUUUGCUCUAGCUAUUCAUCACUUUCUAUUAAGGAGAAUGGAAAUUCUGUUGAGGAUAGUUUGCAAGGUGAUGAAACCUGGGAAAAGGAAAAGUAUGAAUAUGAUAAAGCCUUGACUGCUGAUAGAACUUACCUCAAGUUCAAGAAGCGGUUGGAUGCGUAUCCUGAGCAGUGUUUCAGAUACUCGUAUGGUGGCAAACCAAUUUUAGCUGUAGCCGGUGAAAUAAACCCUGGAAGUUGCAGGCUCUGUGGAAGACCGAGGACAUUUGAGAUGCAACUAAUGUCCCCAUUACUAUACUUUUUACAGGAAGCACUUGAUGAUAACCAAAGGCAAAUGGUUGAAAACUGGGAUUGGAUGACCCUGCUCGUAUAUACUUGUUCGGAGAGUUGUUGUGAAGAGAUCAAACAAGUGAGGUCCAAUUGCGAUGGCUGGAUCAUAGCAGAGGAAGCUGUUGUAGCUCAAUGUGAGGAGUCUAUGCCCAUUCAGCCAGGCUAUUUCUCAUGA